AUGAUGGAUCUCGAAUAUCCCCCAUAUGGAGGUGGUUCAGCGCAAUCAACAUCAAAUCAACAAGAUUUCGAUCAUUACUAUGGAGGAUCGUAUGGUGGUGGUGCCAGCAUUAGUCGACGGGAAAUUAUCGAACAUUUCGCCGAUUUCCGUCGAGCCAUUCACGAAGGACCUGUUUCAUUGGUUCAACAUUACUAUAAUUCCAAUUAUGAAACCAUGAUACAGAACUACAAUACAGAUUGGCCAUCGGCUGAAGCAUUGAAGGAACACGUUGGAGAUGAUCAAUUGUUUCUGACGUUAUACAAGGAAAUGUAUUUCCGACAUAUUUACGCAUCAAAACCCGGUGGUGUUUCGCUCGAGGAACGACAAGAAUCUUACAUGAAUUACAUUGAUCUAUUCAAUUUGGUUCUAGCAAAAGAUCAUCCGUUGAAAAUUGAAUUGCCCGAUCAAUGGCUGUGGGAUAUCAUUGAAGAAUUCAUCUAUCAAUUUCAAUCAUUUUGCAAUUUCCGUACGAAAUUAGCCAAACGAUCUGAUGAUGAUAUCGAACAAUUGAAACGAAAUAUGAAAAUUUGGAAUGUUCACGCUGUACUUAACGUCAUGCACAGUCUCGUCGAUAAAUCGCGCAUCGUUGAACAACUAGAAGCAGUAAAGAAAGGAGUACCUUUUCAUUCUGGUGGUGAUUCUUUCUGUCAAACAAAUCUUUACAAAAUGUUUGGCUACUUCAGUUUAAUUGGUUUAUUGAAAUUACAUACCUUAACAAGUGAUUAUUAUAUGGCGUUGAAAACGAUCGAAUGCAUCGAUUUAGACGUGACAAAACAAAAUGAUGUUUGUCAAGUCUUUCACUGUAUCGUUGCGACAAACUAUCAUGCAGGUUUCUGUUACACAAUGAUGAGGAACUACGAAGACGCUAUUCGUGUCUUUGUUGAUACAUUAAUCUAUGUUCAACGCAGUAAACCAAUAAUGGUUGCUCAAACAUUUCAAAAUGAUGCCGUUAACAAAACAGCUGACCAAAUGAUGACCUUAUUAGCUAUUUGCUUGACAUUGAAUCCAAUGCGUAUCGAUGAAACAAUUUAUUUACACUUAAAAGAGAAAUUUAUAGAUAAAUUGCCCAAACCAUUACUUUCAGUUGGAGCCGAUGGAAAAUUACCAUUUCGAGAUAAUUUCGCAUACGCUUGUCCAAAAUUCAUUAGUCCUGCGCCGACAAUCUUUGAACAACGUAACGAUUCACAAUGGGCUGAACCAUUCAAUAGACAAAUUGAAGUUUUCACGGAAGAACUUCAAGAACAAGCAUACAUUCCCGAUGUUCGAAGCUAUUUGAAAUUGUAUACGACCAUGAGUAUUGAUAAGUUAGCAACAUUCAUGGAAAAGACUCCGCAAGAAGUUAAGCCAUUAUUAUUAACAUUCAAACAUAAAUUAAGUGGCACGGACACAGCAAACAAAACUGAAGAAGAUUUUCAAUCCUCUGCUGAUAUCGAUUUUUAUGUUGAUAAAAAUAUCAUCUACAUCGCUGACACGAAGAUUACUCGACGUUAUAGUGACUAUCUUGUUAAGCAAAUCCUCAAAUACGAAGAGUUACGAAGGCGAAAACAACAUCGAUUAACACGAUCACUCAGUGAAGGUCUCAAUAUACGUCAUGCCGGUAACAAAUAG